GAAGAAGAUUGAAGGCUGUGUAGGAACGAUGCAUAUUGUUCGAUUGAUUAGUUUGAGUACUUUAUAAUCGCAUCGUGAAUCUUUACGCGUGAAUAAUUUUCACGGAAAAAGAGAAUUUGUGCGCGACAGAUUUAAUAAUAUCAAGCAAUAUUAAGAUGACGCGUAGAAGAAUUUUUAGAUUUACCGGAAAGAAGCAUAGUGAUCGGCCAUCCAAGGUGGCUUCUCCUGUAGCUGAAACGGAGACUCCUUUGCAAACAGCGCAGAAAUAUAAGAAUGCAGGAAAUGUACGUUUCACAUUGGGAAAAUAUAAUGAAGCCAUUGCUCAAUAUAAUAAAGCAAUCGACAUUUGUCCAAAGGAAAGUGUGGAUGAUCUCGCGAUUUUUUAUCAGAACAGAGCGGCUGCAUAUGAACAAUUAAAAAGAUAUAAUAGCGUGAAGGCAGAUUGUACAAAAGCGUUAGAAUUGAAUCCAAAAUACAUGAAAGCUCUGCUACGUCGGGCACGUAUUUUGGAGCAAUUAGGAGAUUUUGAAGCAGCUUUGAAGGAUAUUACUACUGCCUGCAUUCAUGAAAACUUUUCUGAUCAAGCUUCCCUUUUAAAAGCACAAAUGAUCUUGGAAAAGCUUGUGGAACAACAUUUCCCGAAGAAAUCGAUACACAUAUCUUUUAUGCCAACUACACUUGUUAUCGAAAUAUAUUAUAUUAGAUCUUUCUCUAAAGAUCCAAUACUUUCAAGACUUGAAUAUCCAGAAAAUAUUCCAGAAUUUAUCAAGAAACCAUUACAAGCAUUAAAAAAUAGGGAAUAUCAUAAUAUAAUAUCGCUGUGCACAGAAAUCAUUGAAAGUCCUAAAUUUGAUAUAUUACCUCCCUCCAAAUUAGAAGUGCUAUUAUUAAGGGCUACAUUUUACUUCAUUUGGCAUGAUUACAAUGCUGCAAUCCACGAUCUUAAAGUUAUUUUGUCUAGCGAAGAUGUACGUGAUAACAUAAGGGUAAACGCCUUAAUAAAAAGAGCCUGUAUAUACCUAGAAAUUGGGACUCCAGAAAUGGCUUUCAACGACUUUGAAUUAGCCCUUAUGAUAAAUCCAAGUUGUAGCGAUAUCUACUAUCAUAGAGGACUGGCAUAUAAGAAAAUAGGAGAGCUAGACAAAGCUAAGUGCGAUUUUGAAAAAGCCGUUGAAUACAAUCCAAACUUCAGUAUGGCACACAUGCAAAAAUGGUACGCAAAUUAUCAGUUUGCAUCGUUGAACGGAAAUAUAUAUUUAGUCGAAAUUACUGUGAGAAACAUUGAGAAAGCUAUCGCUAAGUACUCAAAUUCUCCUGAAUGUGUAUGUUAUUAUGUUUUAUACGCUGAGAUAAUGUUCAAAACUCAACAGUAUCAAAAGGCUGAUAUUUAUUUUGUUAAAGCAAUAGAAAAAGAUCCGGAUUGUGCUAUUGUUUAUCUGCUAUUAUGGAACUGUAAUCUUAUUAACAUUGAGAAAUACGUGAUCAAAGCAUUAAAAUCCGAUACAUGCUCUGUUGAAGGCAAGCUUAGAGGUUUUGAAGUAUUAAGAAUAAUCGAAAUAGAACGAGGGAAUAUAGAAGAAGCAGUAAGAUUAACUAAUAUGGCUUUAAUAUUCUGUCGUACAUUCAGGGAACUACUAUACAUGUAUAAUGAGGACCCUACAAAAAUAUUUCUUGAUACAAAGCUUCGAUUUACGCAAAUCGUUCAUUUCCUUCGGUCAUAUUCUCGAUUCAUUGAUAUACAAAAUGCGGAGGAAUUCGACAAACAUAUUCCCAUUGACAGCGAUGGAUCAUUCAAAGUGCUUUCUCCUGCAACCGAAUCGGAGACUCCUUUACAAAAAGCGCAAAAGUAUGAAAACGAAGGAAAUAUAUAUUUCAAAACGCAAAAAUAUAAUGAAGCCAUAACUCAAUAUACUAAAGCAAUCGACAUUUGUCCCAAGGAGAAUAAGAAUGAACUCGCGACUUUUUAUCAAAAUAGAGCGGCUGCGUAUGAGCAGUUGAAAAAAUAUAGCUCCGUAAAGGCAGAUUGUACAAAAGCGUUGGAACUAAAUCCAAAAUAUAUUAAAGCUGUGCUAUGUCGAGCACGUGUAUUGGAGCAAAUAGGGGAUUUGGAAGCAGCAUUGAAGGAUAUGACUACCGUAUGUAUUUACGAAGAGUUUUCUCAUCCUAUUUUCCUUGUAAAGGUAGAAAUAAUCUUGAAAAAACUUGUGAAACAACAUGCUUAUGAAAAUUGGAUAAACAAAAAGUUAUUUAUGCCAAAUAAGCUUUCCAUCGAAUACUGUAUUAUAUCUUAUUCUAAAGAUCCAGUAUUUUCUAAACUUCGAUGUCCAGAAAAUAUUCCAGAAUUUUUCAAAAAGCCAUUACAAGCGUUAAAAGAUGCGAAAUAUGAUGAUGUAAUACCGUUGUGUACGGAAAUUAUUGAAAGUCCGGAAUUUAAUACAUUACCUUCAACUAAACUAGAGGUGUUAUUAUUACGAGCUACAUUUUACUCACUUUUGGGCAAAUACAGUCCUGCAUUCCAAGACUUAGAAUGUAUAUUGAACAUUGAAUAUGCAUCCGAUGAUGUAAAGAUAAACGCUUUGUUAAAGAGAGCGAACUUACAUCUAAAAUUCAUGGAUCUAGACAUGGCCUUCAUGAAUUUCGAAUUGGCUAUUAAUAUAAAUCCGCAUUAUAGCGAUAUUUAUUAUCACAGAGGACAGGUAUAUAUGAACAUGGGCAAACUAAACAAAGCUAAACACGAUUUUGAAAAAGCUCUUGAAUACAAUCCAAACUUUAGCAUAGCAUGCAUACAAAAAUGCUAUACAGAUUAUCGUAUUGCGAUGUUAAAUAAAGAUGUAAGAUUAGUCGAAGAGGCUGUAAGAGCUUUCGAAAAAAUUUUCGAAAAAUAUACAAAUCUUUCUGAAUGUACAUUUUGUUAUCAAUAUUAUUGUAAGAUGAUGUCCGAAACUCUACAGUACCAGAAAGCGCAUAUUUAUUUUACUAAAAUAAUAAAGAAAUAUCCGAAGGACACAUCUAUGUCUUCAAUUUAUCUGCACAGAGCCUAUUUGCAAUUUAAUUGGAGCAGUUAUUCUAAUAAAGCUGUGGAAUACCUUAAGAAAGCGAUAGAAUUGGAUGAAAAAUGCAGUUUUGCGUAUAAAUUAUUAGGAUUGAUCGAAAUGAAAAGAGGAAACAUAGAAGAAACAAUAAGAUUGUUUGAUAAAGCUUUAGUAUACUGUCAUACAUUUGAGGAACUGCUACACCUAUACUACUUGAGAGACACAGCAAGAAUAGAUCUUAAUGUCAAGAAUCAAUUCGGGGACAAGUAUUUCCGUUUUUUCAGUCUUGGAUUGUUGUUAUCUGCGAAAGACGGAAGUCGAGGGUUUGCUUAUGAUUUUAUGUUAUGAUACAAGCGUAGUAUCAGUGUUGUAAUAUAUACAAUAACUAUUUGUUGU